UUACCACGGUUCUUUAAUCUUCCAUAAAAACAUAAAAUGCUCUUCAGCUCUGCCCCUUAAAGUGCAGAUAUUUCCUUUCAAUUGCUAAAAUAUCCCUCUGAAAAGUAGAAACUUUCUUCUAUAAUAAUUCCCUCCUAAAAGCCAUUUUUAUUAUCCUCACUUUCAAUAGCACUUCUCCAUGAGCAUGCUUUUAAGGAGCUCUUCAACACCAAUCUUGGACUCUUGGCUUCCCUGCUACAAGGACUCCUCACCAGAGCCAGAGUUUCAGAUCCUUCAAAGAACCAAAUCAGUUUCGUUUUACUCUCAACCUGAUGAUCCAACCAAGAAAGUCACAACCCAAACUUUGCAGCAAGAAGCCAAUCUCCAAAAACCCCAGAAGGGCUCACCUAUAAGACCUCCUCACAGCACUAAACAGCAAUGCAAGAAAAAUAGUGAUGAGGAAGAGAAACAAGUACAACCCGAUUCAAGACUCCAAAGACUCUUUUCAAGUUCUGGGUUGGGAGAGGAAGUGAUGAAUGAUGAUGAUGAUGAGAAGAAGAGGUGUGGGUUGCAGACACUAGUAGUGGGUGGCGGAAUGGGGAGUGAAGGUGGUGGAGGAAUUUGUGGUGGUGGUAGUGGAGGUAGAAGAUCGGAUGGUGGAGAUGGUAAUGGUGGGUCAGAGUUUUAUGGGAAUGACAAUACUGAUGCUUAUUACCAGAAGAUGAUUUCAGCUGAUCCUGGCAAUGCACUUCUCCUUGGAAACUAUGCUAAAUUCCUGAAAGAGGUUAGAGGAGAUUUUGCUAAAGCAGAAGAGUUCUGUGGGAGAGCAAUUUUGGCAAAUCCAAGUGAUGGGAAUAUUUUGUCAAUAUAUGCUGAUCUAAUAUGGCAAAAAGAAAAGGAUGCUCAGAGAGCUGAGAGCUACUUUGAUCAAGCUGUUAAAACUGCCCCAGAGGACUGCUAUGUCCGAGCUUCAUAUGCUAGAUUUCUUUGGGAUGCUGAAGAAGAAAAUGAAAAAGAAUAUGAAGAUGAGCAACAAGAUAAUAUAUCUCCACCCAGUUUCUUCCAUUGCUCUCCCCACGAUCCCCCUUUAGCUGCAGCUUCCUAGUCUCCCCUAUAUAAAUUAUAAGGAGAGUACUUUUAUGCUUUUGUCUAGAAUAACUUGGUAAUAUAUUACCAUCUAAGAAUUAACUUUUUCCCUGCUUUAUUUUUAACUGUAACUUGUUUUUUUAUUGUCAAUAAGAGAAGUGAAAGUAAAUCUUGACUUUCUGUCGAA